UGCAGUCCAUGUUCGACCGCCACGCCAUUGCACAUUAGCAUCAGCACUCGCAGUCCCGAGUGACACCAUAUGCAGAGCAGCCAAAUGCAAACUCGUGGCUAAGAAAGAGCAAAAGGGACAAGAGACAAACGAUCCAAGAUAUCGAGAACGUAGGGUGAAAGCAAGCUGCAAAGGAAGAAGCUAGAUCAACACGAACAGCAACAGAGCAUUAUCGACCAGUCCGAGGCCAAAAACAACGAAGGAUCGAUCUCCGUAGCUGCCCAGUCCAGGGUCCAAGCCAUGGACGGUAUAGAAGAAUCAAAAGGCCGGCAGGGCGACGCCGAACAUGGCCGGACGACGUCGAAGAUCAAUGAUCGCCGGACUUCGUGGGGCUGCGUUUUCCUCCUCGUGAACAACCUGUUCCAGUACACGGCCUACUUCGGCGUGUCGACGGACCUUGUGAACUACCUGAAGGUGGAGCUUCACGACGGCAGCAAGGCCGCGGCCAACAGCGUGACCAACUGGCAGGGCGCCGGCUCCAUCACCCCCCUCGUCGCCGCCUUCCUCGCCGACUCCUUCCUCGGCCGCUUCUGGACCAUCACGCUCUUCCUCCUCAUCUCCGUCGCGGGAUACGGGGUGGUGACAGCGAGCGCGUGGGCAUCCUCCUCCAACUCCUCGAGCACGGCCCCGUUCUACGCGGGGCUAUACCUGAUCGCCCUAGGCGGAGCUCUCCAGCCGGUCAUGUCCUCCUUCGGCGCCGACCAGUUCGACGCCUCGGCGUCCCCGUCAGAGCGCGCGAGGCAGAGCUCCUUCUUCAACUGGUUCUACCUGUCGGUGAACGCGGGUUCCCUCGUGGGCGGCACGCUGCUGGUGUGGGUGCAGGCCAGCCACGGCUGGCGCCUCGGCUACGGCAUCCCGGCGCUGCUCAGCGCGCUGGCCGUCGCGCUCUUCCUCGCCGGCGCCCCGGCAUACCGCCGGCACCAGCCGCCCGGGGGCAGCCCGCUCACCAGGGUCGCCCAGGUGGUGGUCGCCGCCGUCAGGAACUGGGACGCGGAGGUGCCGCAAGAUGAUGCCGCGGGGAAGCUGUAUGAGUGUGGUGGUGAGGAUGGCAUGUCGGUCAUUCAGGGCAGCCGCCGGCUCGCGCACACCGACCAGUUCAGGUUCCUGGACAAGGCGGCGGUGAAGCCGUCGUCGUCCUCCUCCUCCUCCGACAACAAGGCGGCGGCGGCGCCGAGCCCGUGGCGGCAGUGCACGGUGACGCAGGUGGAGGAGCUCAAGUGCGUGCUCCGCCUACUGCCCGUAUGGGCGUGUGGCAUCAUCUUCGCGGCGGCCUACACCCAAAUGACAACCACAUUCAUCCUCCAGGGGGACACGCUCGACCCGUACCUCUUCGGCCGGCGCCGCGGCUUCCGGGUCCCCGCCGCCAUGCUCUCCGUCUUCGACACCCUCAGCGUCAUGCUCUGGGUUCCCCUCUACGACCGCGCCCUCGUCCCGCUCGCCCGCCGCCUCACCCGCCGCUCCAACACCACCGCCGGCUUCUCCCCGCUCGUCCGCAUGGGCGUCGGCUACGUGAUCCUCACGCUCGCCAUGCUCUGCGCCGGCGCCCUCGAGGUCGCCCGCCGCCGCGUGAUCUCCCGCCAUGGCGCCCCCGGCGCCGGGGAAGGGAACUACCUGCCGCUGUCGAUCUUCUGGCAGGUGCCGCAGUACGCGGUGGUGGGCGCGGCGGAGGUGUUCACGUUCAUCGGCCAGAUGGAGUUCUUCUACGACCAGGCGCCCGACGCCAUGCGGAGCCUCUGCUCGGGGCUCUCCAACGCCGCGUUCGCCAUGGGGAACUACGCGAGCUCCGCGCUCGUGGCCGUCGUCGUGCGCGCCACGGCCAGGGGAGGGGACCCCGGGUGGAUACCAGAUGAUAUCAAUGUUGGCGGGCAUCUGGACUACUUCUUCUGGCUCAUGGCCAUGCUCUGCGCCGGCAACUUCGGGGCUUACUUGCUCGUCACAAGGUCCUACACCUACAAGAAGACCGUGGAUUGCAAAUUUUCGGAUGAGUCCGGCCGUGAUUAGUGGCUGAUUACGUACUGCUCCUGCUAGCGAGCUACUCUUUCUCUGAGGAUGCAAUAAAGUGGUGCGAUCUGUGCUUAUCGUACGGUCGAUCUCCGUGCAGUCUGCUAGUACGAAAAUUUCAUGGAAAAUAUAUAUAGGAAAAAUGUACAUAAACUUAUAGUCUAAUCUACCUAUGUUUAAAUUUCAAGUUCAAAUCUGACA